AUGCCUAUAAAACAAGAAAAGAAUAAAAACAAUAAAAUACUAUUUAUUAAAAAGCGUGGUGGUGCCAAAUCAUUGAUGGAAAGACGGUUCUACAGUCAGGGCCCCUUCGAACCCUUGCCAAAAGAUCCGGAGGGCCCCUUUGAACCCUUUGCAAAAGAUCCAGAGGGCCCCUUCGAACCCUUGCCAAAAGAUCCGGAGGGCCCCUUUGAAUCCCUGCCAAAAGAUCCGGAGGGCCCCUUUGAACCCUUUGCAAAAGAUCCGGAGGGCCCCUUUGAAUCCUUUGCAAAAGAUCCGGAGGGCCCCUUGGAAUCCUUGCCAAAAGAUCCGGAGGGCCCCUUUGAAUCCUUGCCAAAAGAUCCAGAGGGCCCCUUAGAAUCCUUGCCAAAAGAUCCAGAGGGCCCCUUAGAAUCCUUGCCAAAAGAUCCAGAGGGCCCCUUAGAAUCCUUGCCAAAAGAUCCAGAGGGCCCCUUAGAAUCCUUGCCAAAAGAUCCAGAGGGCCCCUUAGAAUCCUUGCCAAAAGAUCCAGAGGGCCCCUUAGAAUCCUUGCCAAAAGAUCCGGAGGGCCCCUUAGAAUCCCUGCCAAAAGAUCCGGAGGGCCCCUUAGAAUCCCUGCCAAAAGAUCCGGAGGGCCCCUUAGAAUCCCUGCCAAAAGAUCCAGAGGGCCCCUUAGAAUCCUUGCCAAAAGAUCCAGAGGGCCCCUUAGAAUCCUUGCCAAAAGAUCCAGAGGGCCCCUUAGAAUCCUUGCCAAAAGAUCCAGAGGGCCCCUUAGAAUCCUUGCCAAAAGAUCCGGAGGGCCCCUUAGAAUCCCUGCCAAAAGAUCCAGAGGGCCCCUUAGAAUCCUUGCCAAAAGAUCCAGAGGGCCCCUUAGAAUCCUUGCCAAAAGAUCCAGAGGGCCCCUUAGAAUCCUUGCCAAAAGAUCCAGAGGGCCCCUUAGAAUCCUUGCCAAAAGAUCCAGAGGGCCCCUUGGAAUCCUUUGCAAAAGAUCCGGAGGGCCCCUUGGAAUCCUUUGCAAAAGAUCCGGAGGGCCCCUUUGAAUCCUUUGCAAAAGAUCCGGAGGGCCCCUUGGAAUCCUUGCCAAAAGAUCCGGAGGGCCCCUUUGAAUCCUUGCCAAAAGAUCCAGAGGGCCCCUUAGAAUCCUUGCCAAAAGAUCCAGAGGGCCCCUUAGAAUCCUUGCCAAAAGAUCCAGAGGGCCCCUUAGAAUCCUUGCCAAAAGAUCCAGAGGGCCCCUUAGAAUCCUUGCCAAAAGAUCCAGAGGGCCCCUUAGAAUCCUUGCCAAAAGAUCCAGAGGGCCCCUUAGAAUCCUUGCCAAAAGAUCCAGAGGGCCCCUUAGAAUCCUUGCCAAAAGAUCCGGAGGGCCCCUUAGAAUCCCUGCCAAAAGAUCCGGAGGGCCCCUUAGAAUCCCUGCCAAAAGAUCCGGAGGGCCCCUUAGAAUCCCUGCCAAAAGAUCCGGAGGGCCCCUUAGAAUCCUUGCCAAAAGAUCCAGAGGGCCCCUUAGAAUCCUUGCCAAAAGAUCCAGAGGGCCCCUUAGAAUCCUUGCCAAAAGAUCCAGAGGGCCCCUUAGAAUCCUUGCCAAAAGAUCCGGAGGGCCCCUUAGAAUCCCUGCCAAAAGAUCCGGAGGGCCCCUUAGAAUCCUUGCCAAAAGAUCCAGAGGGCCCCUUAGAAUCCUUGCCAAAAGAUCCAGAGGGCCCCUUAGAAUCCUUGCCAAAAGAUCCGGAGGGCCCCUUAGAAUCCCUGCCAAAAGAUCCAGAGGGCCCCUUAGAAUCCUUGCCAAAAGAUCCAGAGGGCCCCUUAGAAUCCCUGCCAAAAGAUCCAGAGGGCCCCUUUGAACCCUUGCCAAAAGAUCCAGAGGGCCCCUUGGAAUCCUUUGCAAAAGAUCCGGAGGGCCCCUUGGAAUCCUUGCCAAAAGAUCCGGAGGGCCCCUUUGAAUCCUUGCCAAAAGAUCCAGAGGGCCCCUUAGAAUCCUUGCCAAAAGAUCCAGAGGGCCCCUUAGAAUCCUUGCCAAAAGAUCCAGAGGGCCCCUUAGAAUCCUUGCCAAAAGAUCCAGAGGGCCCCUUAGAAUCCUUGCCAAAAGAUCCAGAGGGCCCCUUAGAAUCCUUGCCAAAAGAUCCAGAGGGCCCCUUAGAAUCCUUGCCAAAAGAUCCGGAGGGCCCCUUAGAAUCCUUGCCAAAAGAUCCGGAGGGCCCCUUAGAAUCCCUGCCAAAAGAUCCGGAGGGCCCCUUAGAAUCCCUGCCAAAAGAUCCGGAGGGCCCCUUAGAAUCCUUGCCAAAAGAUCCAGAGGGCCCCUUAGAAUCCUUGCCAAAAGAUCCGGAGGGCCCCUUAGAAUCCCUGCCAAAAGAUCCAGAGGGCCCCUUAGAAUCCUUGCCAAAAGAUCCAGAGGGCCCCUUAGAAUCCUUGCCAAAAGAUCCAGAGGGCCCCUUAGAAUCCUUGCCAAAAGAUCCAGAGGGCCCCUAA